CUUUUUGUAUUUUUUGCUGUUCUCUAUUUUUAAAUUUCUCAAAUUUAAGUUAUUUUUAAUUAUCAACCAACACUUAAUUACUAACUAUAAUAUGUCAAUAAUACUACCAUAUUUAGUCUAUAAUUUUCUUCUAAAAGAACAAUGGAUAAAUUGUAUCAUAUUGUUAAAUUUAUUGAUGAAAAAGAUUCAGUGGCUGUUGUUCCCGCUAAAUGGGUAACAAAUGGUAUUUGUCUAUGGCCCUGCUCAUAUAAGACCGAACGCCUUAACAGAGCCAUUAAAAAAUGUGAAGUUCCUGGAGAUGAUUGGACUGAAUAUGACAUAAGUAUCAUGUAUAACUCUGUAUCAUAUGAAAAAGCGAGAGAAAAACUACCUAUGGCAGAAGUUUCAUCAGAUUUUUUCUCAAAUAACGAGGGUGAAGAUUCAAUUAAUUCAGAAGAAAAUAGAAUUCAGAAGAGUCUUUGCCCUACCAGAGAUGUAUCGUAUCAUAACUUUGACUAUUCAAGUUCAGAAAGUGACACUCAACAGUUAUUAAAAAAACAAAAGAAAGUUAUGAAUAAAAAAAAAAAGACACUUGCUCCAGCUCCUCCAAUUCAUCCUUUAACUUUAUUUAGUACUGAAAAUUUAACUCUUUCAGAUCAUUUAAAGUCAAAUAAAAGGCAAGGUUCUGUUUUGGAAGUGUUAGAAGAGAAGGACACAAACAUGCAUCCAAAUUUACCAAGUGUAGUUGAUAAAAGUACUUUAUGCGAAAGCAAUCCGUUGUCUGCACCCAAUUCUGUGUUUUUAGGAUCUUCGUUGACAUCAAGUGGAUGUUCAACUGUGAGACGGAUUCUCGCCGAAGUGAGCGAAGGAACACUUCAUUGCACUGCAGUUGAAAAAGAGCUUCUUAUUUCAGUAGAGAACCUGAACAAAAAGUUAGAUACAAAUAAUGCCUUAAUAAGUCAACUUAUUGGAAUGCUUAAACAAAACAGGGAAGCAAUUUUAGUUGAUGAACCUUUCGAAAUUCCAGUAAAUGAUGAGUCAAGCUUACUCAAAUUAAACGAAAACAUCGAAUCAGAUAAGAAAGUUAUGAAUGCACUGAGCAUGAAAUUGGCAUCCCAUGGUGGCUCAACAAUUAAGAGGACUGUUUGGAAUUUAAUUCCAAUGGUGAUUGGCACCAAUAUAGAAAAAAAAAUAAAUUGGUCAGGAGCUAACAAUAAGCUUGCUUUGAAAACAAUGCCUUUAAAAAAAGUUUUAUUGGAUGCUGUUAAAAUAAAUCCUUCGACUUCAGGAGCAGUGUCUGAAGAGGUUGAACGUUGGAUAAAAAGAUACUUUCAACUUUCCGGUGAUCGAAAUGGCGGCCGUAAAGCUCGAGAAGAUCUUAAAAAUUCGUUGCAAAAAUAAAUAUUUGAUUCAUUCAACGUUUUUGUUUUUAUUAUUUCAUUAUUAAUUAAAACACUUUUGGUUUACAAUAAAUUUCAAAUAUACUUAUUUGUUUGAAUUUUAUGGAAUAACACAUUUUCACGGAAACGGCUAAUAA